GUAGUAGCGCUUUCCAAACGGUUUUCUAUCAAGGAGAAAAAUGUCAGGUUGAAUCGAACACAUUUGGGAUGAUCACGAUCGUAACAGCAAACUAAUAUCAAAAUGGCGUGUGGUAUUGAAAUUGGGAAUUUGUCGGUUUUAAGGAAAAUUGAAAGCUUCCUAAAUGACUCUGCGUACAAGGAAGCUAUUGAAAACUCUGCCAACUACAACACAAGGUUAUGCAUCGAAAGGAGACUUCGAAUGCCAUUUUUGGACUCUCAAACUGGUGUCGCGCAGAACCACUCAAACCUGUUCAUGACCCCGCGGGAGAGGAUCCCGGGCGUGAACGAGGGCCAGAUAUACACGUACCCCUCCAAGUGCUGGCGGAAGAAGCGGCGCCAGUACCUCUCGAACUUCCUGCAGCCCCAUCACCACAUCAAGGAGCUGGAGGUGGAGGCUGAAGCCGUCGUCGCGAGCGUCGUGGAGACGCCCGCCGCCGCCGCCAGCGAGGACAGCAAGGAGAGCAUCACUGUCAAGGAAGAGGUGGUGAAGAAAUCCUCUGACACUGUGCACAAAGUGUCCUUACAGUCGACGUUGCAGGAUGCUUGGUACUAUGAUGAACUGGACAUGCAUGAGAUGGAAGCUUUCGAUGAGCCGGAUCCAGACUCUGACCUUGAUUACGAGGAGACGUACUCAAAGCGAAAAGGAAAGAAGCGAUCAACAAAGUCAGCAAAGUCUUCGGACUCUCCUGCUAGCAAGAAAUCAAAAGGAACAGGAAGAGGGCGCAAGAAGGCGAAUUAUGAUCCUGUGGCAGAUGCAGAAAAACCAUUUGCCUGUGAACUGUGCGGUGCUAGAUACAAGACGAGGCCCGGCCUCACGUAUCACUACACCCACUCGCACAAGGAGCGCGACGACGACGAGAGCCUCAGCUCGGAAGGGGUGGUGGGGGCGACGGAGCGGGGCUCCGCCUCCCCCGGCGCCGGCCAGCAGCCUCCGGGGUCGGUAGCCGAGGCCGCGUCACCGGCAGGUUGGAGCAAGUUCCAGGACAGUUACCUCACCUUCCUAAAAACCCCCGGUAGCAGCACCCGUCGCGGCCGCCAGGGUUCGGCGGCGUCCCAGCCGACGCCCGCCUCCGUCUCAAGUGCCUCCAGCUCUCCGGCCGUGAGCUCCCACCCCGCCGACGAGGUCGGCCCCGGGGAGAAGGCAGUUGCCGUCGACAGGAAGCAGCCCGAGAUGCUGUUGUCCGAUGAUAAGGAGCGUGCAACUCCAUCUCCGUACUGCGACUUCUGCCUGGGCGACGCCACAGAGAACAAGAAAACCGGGCACUCGGAGCAGUUGGUCUCCUGCUCCGACUGUGGGCGAUCAGGUCAUCCAACUUGUCUGCAGUUUACCCAGAAUAUGAUCAUAUCAGUUCACAAGUACCGGUGGCAAUGCAUAGAAUGCAAGUGCUGCUCCAUUUGCGGAACAUCUGACAAUGAUGACCAGCUGCUGUUCUGCGAUGACUGCGAUCGCGGCUACCACAUGUACUGCCUGGCUCCCCCACUCUCUACUCCUCCCGAGGGUUCAUGGAGUUGCUGCCUCUGCCUCAUCGAGUUCCACAAGAAGUGAAACCGUGACGGCACCUUGCGCUUUGCUUGUCAUUGCCUCAUAUUUCUACUUAAAUCAAGUACAGAUGUUUUGUUGUUUGUUUUAGUUUGGUUAGAUAUCUGUUGCUAGAUUCAAGUGUUUCCUUAAAAGCCGCUCUUAAAAUUGUUUUAACUCACAAUUCAGUUUUAGCUGCAGGCCUAUUAGGUAAUAUGAUUGUGAAAAAUAAUUUGUUUUGUGAAUGUCCUGCAUAAAAUAUGUUUUUAGUUCUUAUUUUUAGAUUUUUAGUUUUUUGGUUACUGUUGGCAUGAUCUCACUUCAUGUACUUGGUGUAGAGUUUUUAAUCUAUCCUCUCCACGCCAUUUUGUAUUCUUAAAUAAUUUCUAAAAACAAUCACCAAGGAGGGUGUUGCUGUGUUAAGUUUUAGUUGUUACGUGGAAUUGUAAACAUUGAUUUACCUAACAGGUUAUAGUUGACUUUAAGAACAAUUGGGGGUGUGUUUGCUUGUUUGAAAUAUGACUUUUAAUUUUAUCUUUUUUUACUUUUUAAGUGUAACAGGUAUUUUAAAUUAUAUAUAUUUUUUAAUUGAACAAGUAAAUGUGGUUUUGUUUUUGCAUAUUUUUGUUUCAGUUUUCUAUUUGUAUCCAAAAGUUCUUAAUACUGAUAAUGUAAAUUAUUUGCAAAUUUGUUGCAAAGCUAUGAAAGCAUUAAGUAGGGAUGUUAAUAAAUAAGUAAAUAUUUGAAAUACAUAUUUCACAUGGAACAUGUUAAAAUGUUGCAACAGCUAAACUAUAUUUUUACAGUAAGUUUCAUAUUGAAGUUAACCAGUUUUCCUGUAAGUUGAAUGAAUUGUCAUGCUGUGAUAAUAUUGCUUACACAAAUGGGGAUACUUAAAUUGUUAAAGGUAAAUUAUUAUUAGGGAUUGUUGUGAAGUUGCUCUGUAUAAAAGACAAUCUUUUAUACCUAAGUUAGGUUGUCCGUAUUUUUCUCAUACAUUCAUGCCUACUGUUGAAUAGUUCUGUGUUACAAGUAGAACAUGGUAUGUUGUUAAGUGUAUGUAUAAGACUAUGCACAAAAUUUCUAUCAUAAUGUAUUGCAGUACCAGCUAUAUUUUUAUACAUGUAAUAUGCCCAAUUUUGAUUUGAGUUGUGGUUUAUUUGUACACCAAAGUGUAUAGAGUAAAUUAAAAUCAUCAGUACAAAAAAUAAUUAGAAGAAUUUUCAAAGAAUACACUAAUAAUUUAACUAAGAACAAAUAAGUUCCUCAAAACUGUUUUUUUGCAUGGGAAAAUGUUUGUUUUUGUAAUCUGUUGUACAAUAUUUGUAGUAUGUCUUUUCUAAAAUGAGUAUUUUGAUGCUCAUGGAAACACUGUUCUUUAAAAUAAAAAAUUACAAAAGUAAUUUAGAUAUAGUUGAAAAUAAGUGGCUCUCAGAAUGUAAAGAAUGUUUAGUGUUUUUAUAAUGUGAGCUCUUAAAUUUAUUUCAGUAGAAUUUUUCUUGAAUAGGUUAUGUAAAACUGCAGAAACUUACAAAACUAAUAGGUAUAUAAUGUGCUGUUGUACCUGAUGUUGUGAAUGCUGACAUUUUUAUUUUAUGCCCAUGUAACAUCCAUACUGCAGAUGUUUUUACUGCCUUUUUUAAUAGAUAACUGUCGAAAAGGAAAUCCACUGUGGACUAGAAAGCCAGAGUUAAAUCAAUUCUUUUUUUUUACUCUUCCUCAAAACUUUACAAAACACAUAACAUUGUCAAAUACUGUUAGCUGUGUGCCACCUCGUUUUCAGAGAAAAGGAUCAAAUUCUUACCAUGUUUAAUCAUUUAGUUUAGUUUUAUGAAACACACAAACAUUUAAGGUAGCAUGUAUGGUCAUAAUAGCAUGAAAAUUGAUCCAUUGUUUUGUUCUAAAAGUACAAGUUUUACAUGCUGUGAACUCUUUUGAUGCAGAAUUUUGAGGCAAGGGUAGUCCAUUAAAUUUGACUUCAUUUGUUGCACAUAUGCUUGCGAACACACAAGCAUGUUCAUAAAAGCAUGCAUAAACAGUGCAUACAGUAUCUGCAUGCAGAUUCAUACACAUUUUUGCACAGAAGAUAUUUUCAAUUUGCACACAUAUGGAUGCACCAAAUUGAUACAUUGCUCAUAAAAAUUUGUUCAAAGAUGCAUAUUGAUGCAUGCACACACACGCACACACACGAGAGACACAAAAGAGUGGGUAUAUGUGCAAAUGUAUGCCAACACAAACAUGUAUACAGAUAUAUGUACAUACAACCAACACUUAUAGGUGGGGGAUGCAUGACCCUCUAUGUUUUCAUCCUCACUUGAAAUACACUCUUGUUAACAUGAAUUUGAAUUCAUUCAAAUUUGGUAGUUUGCAUCUCUGUGGCUUUGAAAAUUUUGGAAUAGGACUUGACACUUUCACAGCCAUGAUAGAGAGCCAUAAUUCUUAGAACCUAAAAUUAAAAUUUUAAUGGAAUUUGUUUCUGAUUUUCUCAUGCAUUCUGACAGCUUCAUUUGAAAUUGUUAUGGUCAUUAAUUAAGUACAGCUAAUAUGUUUUCAGAAGUUUACACUUGACAAGUCAGAAGUGCAGCAAUUUUUUUCUGUUGUAAGCAAUGUUUGUUUGUUCCAGUUCCGUUAAAACAAUACAUAUCUUGUUGAAGCUGUUAAUGCUCUUUAGUAAAGAAUGCAUUUUGCUUGUCUCAUAAAUAUGGUUUCCCAGAAGUGUUCUUGUAUAAUCUUGAACUUGUGCAUUUAAACACACACAUCUUACCUGGUCUCAGACUUAUUUUCUUUGAGCGAUGUUGGUAGUAUAGCUUGAAGCUAAGACAGAUGUUUUUAUUUUAGAAUUGCAGGAAAUAAAUAUGUAGUUUCUUGUGUCUGUUAUAUUGGUUGUACAUAUAAAACGAAUAGCAUUUUUUUUCCUUUUAGUAAAGUUUAGCAUUUGGAUAGUGAUUACAGCCUUCCUUGCCUUGUUGUUUAUCAUUUUAAUGAAAUGUUGAAAACUUAACUGUGUGUACUUUGAUUACAUAAACUUUUUAAUGCAGUAGGCCUACUAUAAGACAACCAAACUAACAAACUCAGAAGACUGUUAGCUUAUGAUUUCUAGAAAUGUUUAUUUUACUUAAUGUAUGUAAAUGGAAAAUUUUAGUAAACCAAAAAAAAUCUAGUAUGUACAUACAGUAACAGUGACUAAAUUUCAGUUGAAAGCAUGCACAUUAAGCAAGAAUUUCAGAACAAACAAUUAGUUAUUUUUGUUUUGUUUAGAAAUGAAAUUAUUUGUACUUAAAUGUGUGAUUGGAUAAGAAAAAACUGGAAUUACAUUUUCUUUCUUGGGCAGACAGAAACUCAAUUUAUAAUUUUAUCUUUUUAAUUUUGUUGAGUAAAAAAUCUGUUUAACAUUAAACUUUGUAACGGCAAGCAACUAGACCAAGUUGCUAAGAGUAUCAUCCAUAUGAUUUUCAAAAAAAAAAAAAGAAUUUGGUAACUAAAUGAUGGCUUUAAUCGUUUAAUGAAAUAAUUCUACAGGAAAUUGGUUAGGGACACAGGUUUUCAUUUCAUUCGUGAAUUUUUAAUGUUUGGAAUCUUUUUUUAAUAAUGCCGGUUAGCUCUGUAUUAAAUUUCAAUGUAAAACUUGAGCUGCACACAUUUAAUUCAGCCAAUAGUGCCUAAGGUAGGUGUAUUAUCAAAACAUUUCUCAGCCUAAUUUUUUUGAUUUCCACGCCAUGUUAAAGUAUUUGCAAUGUAUGUUUCUACACAGAGUUUUCCAAAGCUUUUGCAUGAAUAUUCUGUUGCUUAUUUGUAGUAAGAGAAAGAUUUACUAGACUCGGGAAGCGAAAAAUAUGUUAAUAUAGAGACUAAGUGGUUUGGAGUUUCUGAAAGAGUGAAAAAAUUUUCCCGAAAUUACAUUUUGUUGAGAUGCAUGUAGUAUGUGUUGAAAAUUAAUAUGUUCGGAAGUUUUUUAAUGAAAUUAAUUAAUUUUUCAUGGUAUAAAAUAGACAUUUUAACGUACUGGCAAUUAACAGGCCAAUGCAAAUAUCAGUUUUCUAGUUUUAGUCACAUUGGAGUAACAAAAUAAAAAUGUUCUUGAAUGUGAAUAUUUAAUUUAGGUUAGUGAGAAAAAUUUUAAUGGCUAGAUAUUUUAAAUUAUGAUAAAGUAGUUUGAAUGUUACCUUUUAAUGACUACUUUCUAGGCCUAUACGAAUAUCAAAUUCAGUCAGUGAAAAUGAGCAUUGGAAUCUAGGCCUGCGUGAAGCAUCAACCAAGCAAAUCAAUCGAAGCUCUUUUUAAUAUUUGAUUUGACUCUGCUAGGAAAUUUUUAAUUUGUUUUAUUUUAAAAUUUGGUUCUGAUGCAAAGCUUUGUGUCUGAUGUGAAGCUUCGUGUUCGUUGCAAAGCUUUAAAACAUUAAAAGUCUAAGAUUCACUCAUGAAAAUAUUUUUUUACUUUUUUUUUUGUGUUAUGUGUUACUAGAACAAAGUUGGUUACUUAAAAAAAUCAAAAUAAGGUACUCCAUUUGCUUUAUGAAUGCACCGUAUUAGUAUCAUGCAUGGUUAUUUUAUAAUUUUUAUUGAAUGAAGUAUAUAUAGGGCCAUAUCGGUUAAUCACUUAAUAUUUCAAACAUUAAACAUUAAAAAUUAAUUUUUUCUAACUAAAUCUUGCAUUUUAUAAAAUAAUUGCUUCGCCAAGAAAAAUGUUCACAAUUUGAUUUUAUUUCAUGAAUAUUUUAAACAUUGAAUUAGAUAUUUGCUUAUCAUAAAAAAAAAAACUAGUAUUCACCCAGGCAUAUUGGAAUCUCUAAUAAAAAAAUUAUAAUUUUCCCCAUCAUGUUAAAAAAACAUAGGUAAAUAAAUGUAGUGGUUUCAGGACUUAGACAAAUAAUACUGAAGUAAAAGGUCUACAUUAAGUUAGCUACAAUAAUUAUAGCAAUGUAAAAUAUUUUUGGGGAAAAAAAAGUUUUUAUCCAGUUAAACAUAACCUAACCACCUUCCACUUCAUUUUUUAUUCACCUUAUUUCCCAGAUCGAGCUACUCAACAUUUUUAUCCAGAAAAUAUUUGUAACUGUAAAAAUACCAUAAAAUACAAUCCAUUAAAUUUCUUUUUAAAUACUGUAUUUGCAAAAUACAGAUUACAUGAGCUCAUUUACACAUUUAAACCCUAGUUAUUCACACAUUACAUUUACCAGAAGCUAGGUAAAGUUGUAUUUUAGUUCAGAAAUUUUACAAACAUAUUUUCUGCCAAUUUCCUUUGGAAUCCAGAACCAUUAUUUAAGUUUGUUUAUUUUGUAUUUGAGUGACGUCUGUUUCAUCGUAGAUACAUACAGCAAGUAAGCUGCUAUUGUUUCUUAUGGUGUUGGAUCAAUUGUGAUUAUCAAUUUAUGUGGCAUUGCUUUCACUUCUUUUGAUGAGGAGUGUCCAGGUUUUGUGUUGUAAUCCUUAGUUGUUGACUUUUUUUCUCCGCUACUAGUACACGAAACAAAACAUAAGUAUUCAUGCUUGAAAAGAUGCCCACACAAUUUUUACCGCUACUGUUAUGCGAGAAAGUAGUGAAAUAACUUUGAAUUCUUGUUGCAUGUUUAAAACACAGAGUAUUGUUCUUUUUUUUUAAUGUGAUCCCAUCAAUAUCUAAUAUGGAUAUUUAUAUAAUACAAAUGACUUAACCUCAACAGCAAAUGUUGGUAUACGACAAACCAAUGAGGCUAAGUAAAAUAUUUGUAACCAAUAGAAUAUUCAUUAUUAAAAAAAAAAUCAAAUACGAAUAAUAAA